CUCGUAGACUGAAAGAGAGGGGUAUCGAUAUAUAGGGGUUCCCGCAGGCCCUUGGCUUAGUUUUGUGUGUCGUGUGAGACUUCAUUCUCUAUCCCCAUAACUCACCGAGAUGCGUGCACUGUUGGCUGUGGCCGGAGUCGCCCUCCUCUACGUGGCUGUUUGGGCCGCCGAAACGAAGGACGCUGAAGAAAGGCCUAAAACUUUUACCAGGCUCAUCCCAGCUGAUGUCCUCAGAGAUUUCCCUGGUAUGUGUUUUGCAUCGACUAAGUGUGCAACAAUCGAACCAGGCCACACCUGGGACUUGUCUCCCUUCUGCGGUCGUUCGACCUGCGUCAAAUCCGAAAAGGACGGCAAGUUGUUGGAACUUGUCGAAGACUGCGGGCCUCUCCCCAAGAGCAACCCGAAAUGCAAGCUCUCCGAGAAGACAAACAAGACGGCUCCUUUCCCCGCUUGUUGCCCGACCUUCGAUUGCGAACCCGGUGUCAAAUUAGAAUACCCAGAAAUCCCAACUCCUCCACCAGCAGCAGCUAAGGCUUAAGCUUCCUGUGAUACACCUACCAACUCUUUCUCAUAUGUAAUAUCCUUUGUUAUUCCAUUAAUACAAAAUUUGUUUUUACAUUGACUUGAAAAUUUUACAGUCAAUUUUAUAGUCUUUUUUGUGCUACUGAAAAUUCCUUUAUUUAUGUAUAUGUUUACUUUUUCUUUUUUUUCUUUUUUUUUAGUUGUGAUUUAAGGGUUUAUUUAAAUUUUGUCAUAUUUUUUAUCUUGUCAAAACACAAUGAGAUGCACUUAUAAACGGAAAGCCUGAAUAAAUGUUAUUAAUAAUU